UGCAAAAUACCAGCAGUCUGCGCACAUGUGCUAGUUAUAACUGUAAUCAAGCGGGAAAUGUCAACAAACGGACAAUAAUUAGACUUUUUUACAAAAUGCUCGUUAAACAGCAAACCAAAGCGGCAACUAAUGACGCUGAUAGCGACUCCGACGACGAUGACGCACAAAUGCGUCAAUUCAUGGAAGCCGCCGAUCACACACUGCUCACAAAUGCCAUGUUCCAGCGGGGAGCAACCGCAACAGACCCAAAGCCGGCGCAGGCAACCGCAAUCCAGGGGCCGCCUCCGCCCAAAAGCGAACGCCACUUGGACGAGCAGGGAGCUGGUGCUGGCACAGCCAGCGAUCUACAUAUCACCGAAGAAAUGCAAACCCACAUAUGGGGAAAACUUAGCUCUAUUAUCCAAGAUCAAAUCGAGUUCUGUGAACAGAAAUCCGCUGAUAAACUACAAAAAGAGGAAGAGGAGUCCUGCCACGACCAGGUGAGGCUCGUGUCCAAUGCCGACUGCUACUUGAGCGCCGUAAAUGUGGAUACAGAACCGCCGGGACCGAAGAAGAAGCCCACCAUCAAGAGACGCACCAUGAGCGAGGACAAAUCCUCGACAGCCGCAAAGACUGUGGCCCUGGCUGCAGUGGCCAUUAGUGGCGAGUCGAUUAUGGAGGGCAAAGACACCCUGGAAUGGGCCAAGAGCAAGCCACGCCAGGGUAAGCUCUUCGAGUACAAGGCCACCGAUACGCAGUGCCACAAGCUGCAGGCCCUCCAUCCAGUCAACGAAUUCACGGAGCGCAGGCUCCAGAACAAGUGGAACGAGUCAAAGAUAUGCCGGAAAAAGAAGAAGAAAUAAAAGCGAUUCGAUGCUUAAUAGUAGUAGAUAAGUG